CGUGAAAUCGUCCAUCGUGAUCUUGAAAAAAAGCGAUGUUUCUCUUCGUUUUAAAGUUCCAUCGUCGUUUUUUUUUUUUUUUACGUUUGAACGAUCGACACGUAAAGCGCUCGUACGAGGAAAAGAAAUCGGAUGCAUAAGGGAACGGGUGAGAGAGAAGAGGAUUCCUAGUUGGCGAAAUAGCCGUUCGUUCCCUGACCUCGAAACAACGCGGAACAUAGACAGGUUGGCUGCGUUUGGCCGAGGAAUUUGGCACGCACGUACUACUCGUGGCUCGAGCCCACGAAAAAAAAAUAAAGAAAGAAAAUAAACGACGCGUCGAAGCCGUACAGAUGCCGUCCUGAAUCUUGGGGAGACUCGAUCGGCCGAGUCACGUAUUACGAACUUAUAAUAUGAUCGUUGAUGGAAACCGGCCGCGCCUAAUCUUCGCCGACGAUACGACAGAUCUCGGCACACGGUUACUUUCUCGCCGGUAUUCGUAACCCACUUUUCAACCACGAUGCAGUCACCCCGGUGUACCGGUGCCAACUACUCGAAUUAGAAGGAUCUAAUUCGCUCCAACAACUAUCUCGAAAUAUCUCGUCCCAGCCUCGCCAGCCGCCAUUUCAUUCCUCUCAAUUUUCCCUUCCUCCUAGACGAGCGAGAAAUUCUCAACAAAAUGUUUGGGAGAAUCUGCUUUAACUCCUAUCGAUUUCGAGUACGAAAUUCUUCUCGAGUUUUGAGCGCGUAUCGAGCACACGAUCAAGCCGUACUUUAACCUCUCUUCUCGUCUUACUGCUGGAAAUACCUUGGAGAAGGAUGGGACGCACAACAGAUCGUGAGAAACGGUUUCAAGGUGGAGGCCGCGCAAGUCAUUUCCAAGCACGGAGAAGAGACAGAGGCGUUCCUUCCGCGAUAAAGAUAAAGAAGCGUAGAGGAAAGCACCGCGCGGAAGAGUGGGCGACAGACGGUUUCACAUGACCGAGUUAGAGCAUCCAGUUUUGCCGGGAGACACGAUGUAUAUGUGUGUGUGUGUACACACUCGUCACUCGCUAAAUAUCGUUUUCACGUAGGCCGGUUGAUUGCUCGACAGAGAAACCCUAAUUGGCCAGAGGUCACAAUCAUGAAACGUAAUUUCAUCCUACUAAAAGGUAAUUGCCGGGAAUUGCCGUUCCCUUCGCUUCGCCAAUGUUCGAUUCGUAUAUCUUGUGUGCAUUUCGAAUUCAAUCUCGAACGAUAACAUCGAAAAUAAAUUGCUCGAUCCCAAACCAAGCUUUCGGAAAGUUUAAACAGUUUAAAAAGCGCAGGGAACGCGAAAAAGUUUCUCGACGAUAUUCCCUUCGGAAGAACACAGGAGGAAUUAUGUAGGUGAUUUAUACGAAGAAACGAAAAUACGUUCGAAUUUAUUCUUGAUCCAGGUUAAUACGCGGUUUUCACGGCGUUCUCUUCGAACCUUCUGGUAACUCGACGUAUUUUAACACGAUCAGAUGAAAUUGAUCAGGGAGUCUUCGGCUUCUGAUUUAAAUUUAUCGCACGUUUUAUUGCCAAGCUUUAGAAACUCUAACGAAUCUCAACUUUUACACCUCGUAAAUUCUGCUAAUUUUUAAGAUGGAUGGAUUUCUUAGAGAGGAGUUUAGUCUCGUUAAGAUUAAUUUCUUCCUUGGAUCGGAAUAGGGUCAAACUAGGCGGACGUCUUCCUCCAUGAUCUCGUAUGGCUUCAUGGACGACGUUGAGCGUUUUUUUUUUUUUCUGACCUUGCUCGAUACUACACCUCCCAGCAUUCCUGCCUAAUCGAACGACACACCUCUCACUGCCGCGUUCGUGUCUCGUGGACCGUCACACACACGCUCCACGCACACACAGAGGUCUCGGCUAGAAACGUGUUUCCUUCAACCGUGUGCGCCUCGAUCCACGUGAUUACGAAGGCGCUCGCGUUUAAAUCUACGUUACGUUUUCGAUGCAUGUUUUCUUCCUCGAUGUUUCAAUUUCUUUUUUUUUUUUUUUGAAAACAGAAAGAAUUGGGUUGUGAUCGUUUUAUAAACUGGUCUUUUCAGUCUCGAGGAAUUUUUUUUUUUUCAGGAAAAGAAUUAGAGUUCUUUUAACUCGUGUUAAAAGGAACUCCUCUCGUCUUAGAGGAAGUUUAAAGUUGAGGUUUUCGAGGAAGAGAAAAGAAAAUAGAAAUUUUCGAGUGGGGAAAAAUUUUUGAAAUUAAUCUCGCGACGUCUCGUCCAAAUUCUCGCGAAAGUAAAUUCUUUUUACGGCCAAUUACCAUACAGCAGCGCGCAUUUUUGCGGACUUUCUUCGGUGUUAACCUACUUCCGGCAGAAACGGGAGGAGGAAGAAUGACGUUCACACCGGGCGAAAGAAGCCCGAAGUAUAAUAGAGACAAGAUCUUCUGGUUUCCUCCAACGACAUUGUUAUCAGUGGAAGUAAAAUUAACCCGGUUUCCGUGACUUUUUCCACUUGGAAUCUAAUUUCACUUCGGUCAUCAAAUAUCAAUAACAAAAGCCAAGAUCAUCGCGAGAAAGAACUAUUAAAAAUAAAAAAAACCUUCUUCCUCUCGUGUUUCCGUUUAUAUAUACACGUAUAUCUCGCGGGAGUUUAUUUCCUCAAAGUUUUCUCCUACCUGGUUACAUUUAUUCAAUUACUUGCGCAACCAACUCGCACCAGAGGAGAUUAUCGCACAGAAAUUUUUCCGCCUUUUUUUCGUAAUAAACAUUUCAAUAAAACAUUCCACAAUGGAAACGUAACGAACGUAUUCCGCGGGGAGAACUUGAACGUUGAAUUUUCAUGUUGACGCGUGAAAGUGUAACGCGUAAGUGAUUCGGAAGAAGGAAGAGGGGGAGAGGGAAGAAAAAGGAUAAAGCGAGUCGAGUCGGAAGAGAUACACAUCGAAGAUACAUAUUUAUUAAUUUUCGAUCGACGAUGCCGCUCGAGAUAAGGAGCAAGUAACGAGAAAGUAAAAAAGGGGGAAAGGUUUCACGAUCUUUCUUUCUCUCUUUUUUUUCUUGUUUUUUUUUUAGAAACUUCCGCGACCCCCGCUGCUAAAAUUCUCUCCUCGCCGGAAAGAAAUUGCCUUCGAAGAGGCAAACUGUUACCAUCACCACUGGCCGACAGGUGGGCAGAGAAAUUUUCCUCGCCGUGGCGUAACGUGGCGAAAAUGUAGGAAAAUUUGUUAACCUUCGUGUAUAUAAAAAGUUUAAUAACCCCAGAAAAAUCGAGGGAAAUUUAACGAUGUGAAAUUUAAUCCGCGCUCACUGUUCUCUUUCUAGAAAUAGGAUUACGCAAGAAUUUGAAAUCGUUGCCGUGUACAUUACUACGAUAUUUUUGUCAAUCAAUUUAUAUCCCCUGGAAAUCGUAACAACAAUCGUGGAGGAUAGAAUCUUCAUGAAAUGAAAAUUUUGAAUGAACGAACGAGUCGUAGCCGAUGCUUCGUCUCGGAUUCCAACGGAUAAAUUAGACCACGGCCGAGCCGUGGAAUAGAAAGUUGCAGAGCGAUCGAAAGGUGCUGGCGAAAGAAGCGACCAGAAACAGGGUCCGGUGGUUGGAUAUAUAAUACGUAUAUAUAUAUAUAUGCUGCUAUAGAACAAACAAGGAAGAAAGAUGGCGAUGUCUCCUUCGUCGUGUUGACAUUUCAACAAAACCGAGACUUCCUCCUUCCCGCGGUAAUAACUUCGUUGAUUAACAAUCAUUCCCGCCAUUCCUCUUCCUCCGCCUCCGAGGACGUAAUAAUUCGACGCGCACAACGCUAAUUGCCACGAGCUUUCAUCGAGAUUAAGACAUCGCCACUCUCACUCACGGCCACUGAGAAUCUUUCCUUUGACAGCCCGCGCCUCGCCUCUCCUUCCGUCCUCCCGUAAUUUCCCUCGCGUUUUCUUUUCCUCCUUUUGUUCCUCCUUUUAUUCCCCUCGUCUUCGAUUCGAGCUCGUGUCGCUCUUUGUCUCGACCCGAGCGCCAUCUCUCUCUCUCUCUCUCUCUCUCUCUCUCUCUGUCCUGUUAAAGUAGGACAGACGGAUUCGUACUUCGACGAAUACCGUCCGUUUUACCGCUCGUAAAAUUUCGUUCCCGUCGCCACCUUCUGGAAUGGAAGACGAACUAUUUAAUCGGACGUGUCGAAGCGAUUUCGGGCCCCGUGAAAAAUUCGACACCACUUUCCCCGCACGAUCCGGGGCGGAGAAAGGAUGCAAAAGCGUUGGAGCAUUAUUCGGGUUCCAUUUAACCACCACAAAUCUUGGAAAAUAGAUGCGAAACGAGGUAGGAGAAUGGCUGCCCACCUGCGUAGGUUCACCGAUAUGCAUCCUCCUGUUAUCUUGGUCCCUCCUCAUCUAUCAGAACCAGCCAUCCUCGGCGAAGAGAAAGAUCGACGUGUUCACGGUGGCCAUCCUGUCCCAGAGUCUGGUGCACCAGCUCGGCCUGCUCUUCUACGCCAUAUUAACACUCAUUCGGCCGAGUAAUCACUUCGGAGAGUUUUGCUCGACCCUCGUCUGGACGCUGAACUCGUCCAGCAUCCUGCAGGAGUUGACCCUGACCUCGAUCGCGAUUUUCACCGCGAUCAACGCAGGAGAGGAAGGUGCGAACCUCACGAAGAACCACCUCAAGUAUCAUCUGGUCAGCCUGAGCGUGAUCAGCGCGUGCGUCGGGGUCACGGGUGUCCUCAACUUCGAGCCGGAGCUCUGCGUCUUCUUGGCCCAGGAGAUCUCGCCCAAAUACGGGAUAUUCGUCAACUCUCUUCGAUGCCUGCUGAUCGCCGCGACAGCGAUAAGCCUGCUCGUGGCUUUGGUCAGGCGUUUCUGUCGGCCGCCAAAAUCCGAGCUGCUCAAGUCGGUGUCGGAUCUCUCCGAGACCAGCUCGAAGAACUCGUCGGGUGCGUUCGAAUGCCAUCCCCAGCAUUGGGAUCCUUCGAGCGGCUCGUGCACCAGCGGUUCAACAAACAGCAGGGCAUGUUUGAGGAAGAAGAGGGUGCAGAUCGACGAGACCAGCGGCAGACCGACGACCUACAGCAUACUGUUCGUCUGUUACGUGUUUCAAUAUGUUCCAAUUUUGGUCGUAUCCAUCGAGCCGGGAUUCCUAAGGGACUUCUGCACGCCCCAGAAUCUGGCCACUUGGCUUCCGCUGGUAAAGGACACCCUGUUGCCCGUGUUCCUCGCGCUGUUCGACAAAAUGUUCUGCCGUUACGUGGCCAAGGUCUACACGAAACAGGAUCACGCGAGGAGAUUGUCUCACGGCGGAAUCGACGGCAAGUUUCGUCACUUCGAGCACGAGGCCGAGUACAAACUGCAGUUGAACCUGAACCACGGGCUCAAGUUCCCCUUGACUAACGGAAGCCUCUACGGCCGGUUGCACAAUCACCAGAACAGAGGGAAGAGCGGUGUACAGCAACAUUGUCCGAGAAUACGAUCCCUCGACGAGGAGAAUAAUUACGCUUCACUCCCCGCAGAACUCUCCUCGUUCGCCUGUUCGAGCUUCGAGCCGCGGCAAGAGGCGGGGGUCGCCGAGGGGACGGCGAAGAAGGGCGGCAGCGUGGACGUACCGAAGGCUCGGCCAAGGCCGAACGAGAGCUCGUUCCAAGAGUUGGCCGGGACCCGUCGAAAGAUCGGCAGCACGGACGUGUUCGGGCAGAACAUGGAGAAUCUGGUCCAGUUGGACGAUCCUUGCGCGAAACGAAAGUUCGCCAAGAGUCUGGACGAGAUCAGGGAAGAGCCUUCGAGGAGGCACGCGAGGAGCGUGCUGGGUUUGGAGCAUUUGAUCGUUGGAUCGGAUGAGAAUCUUGCAGAGGAGGAGGCGCCAGGGCCACGUUGCCCCCCGAGGAUAGCUCUUCGAAGGAAUCAGAGUUUCGAUCCAGCCAGAUGCCAAUCGACGUAUCAUCGGCCGAUGCUCGACUCGAGAACGUACGAGAACACGAAGAGUAGGCAGGAGAAGGUGAAAAAGAAGGAGGAGGAGGAGGAGGAGGAGGAGGAGGAGGGAGAUGGAUACGAGACCUCCGACGACGAGAGCUGCGACCUCGAGAACGGGGAUUUCGACACGAUGAGCUCGUGCAGGAGUCGUAGCAGGAGCUGUUGCUCCGUCACAACCGUGGCAAACGAUGAUUUCGAGUACUUUCAACGUAAGGGAACUAAGGUGGAGUUGCUGCCCUCGAAGAGAAGCGGCGAGGUAAAGGUCAGCAUGCGAUCUUUCACGCCGAGGAUCAUCGAGAGCGGGGCGGGGGAGGUGGACACGAAGCCGAGCAUACAGUCGUAUCACUUGAAGAAGACGAGAAUAGGGAACGGUUACUCGAUGAACGAUCUGGACAAGUUGGCCGCGGAACGGAAACGGCCGAAUCUUUCGAUCGAGAGCCUGAAGAGCACCCUCAGGAACACGGACGUCAGUUACCUGGACAACGGGGACAUAUGCAGGCACGAUAUUGGAGGAUCCGUGCCGGAUUUUAAGAAAAUCUUCGUCACGGAAUUUAUAUAGAAUUUUCCGAGGGAGGUAAUUCUUCGAGAGGAAGGAAAGUGGAUCGUACAAAGUGUUCACUGUAAUAUAAGCGGAUAUUUUUCUUUUAAGAAGCUAAGAUAUAUUUUGUAUAGAAGAAGAAGAAGAAGAAGAAGUCAUUUCUGAAAACGACGCAUAGAAUUUUUGGUACAAGAGCAACAUGGAAAGACUGUACGAUGUGUUCUUUCGAAUAAAGUUCGUCUUUUUUCUUUUCUCUUCUCUAGGAAGAUAAGAACUGAUUGUAUGGAUUUACAAAUUGGUUUGACGAAAUACAGAGUUUUUUUUUUCUUUCUUUCUUUAUAUAAAUAUAUAUAUAUAUAUAUACAUAGAAGCGGAUCGUUAAGGCUGAAAAGAAGUUUCUUCGUUUCAAAGGAAGCAAGAGUCGGAGAACCCUCGGGGAGAGUUCGCGAGGUAAUCUCCCGCAGUUCCUGAGCACAACCUAAGAUCUAGAAAAUUAUAUAACAGCUGCACACGGAAGCGUAGCCGAAUUGGAAAGUUCGCAAAGAAUGCAAUAAGUUAAUUCGACUUCUCUCGAUCCACUUUUUCGAAUCGAGAUGCGAACAAAAUCUUUUCUCAAUCAUCUUAGAAUCUUUGCACGACAAACGAAUCGAUGCAUCGAAAUUCGUCGAUGGAAAAUUCGAAAAGAAAAAAAAGAGAGAGAAAAAAAAACACGAAAGAAAAUGCGAAAAAAACCGGUUUUAGCGAUAAUGUAAUAAUAUGUUGCGUCAUCCGUUCGUAAAUCGACACGAUCGAUCGACGUAACGACUCGUGGGAUCGAAAAUUGCGACAAGGCCAAGUUUUACGUAGUUCCACGUAAAUAGAUGUUGGACGAAAUUUAAACAGAUAUGCGAACAGUAUAAAAUAUAUAUAUGAUUGCAUCGAUCGUGAAAUUCGCAUCACGUUUCCGGCAAACGAAACAUUUUAUCGCGCGUGGAGAUCGUAUUGUAUAUAUCUUGUACAUUUAUGCGUAUGAUUAUUAUUUAAUUCGUUAAAUAUAUACAAUAUAUGCGUAUGUGGCAGAGA